AUGUCCGCCGCCUCUGUGUCCUCGGGCUAUGAUGCGCACAUCAUCGAUCCUAAUCACCCACUCUCCCUGGAACUCAAGAGCUUGAGAUCGGCACUUGCGCGCUUUCAAGAUGAAGCGCACGAUGCAGCCAUCAAACUACAGCGGCACUCCCUCGAGUCGAUCAACGACCAUGAGCGGAUGCAGCAUCUGCAGCACGACAAUGACCUCCUACGCAACGAAGUCGAGAUGCUGCGCGCGACUCCCCACCCAGACGCGUCGCCUAGCACCCACCCCUCCGCCCUGCAAGCACAGCAGCUCACUAUCUCCCUACGCCGUCUGUCCGACAAGCUGACUGCUACCGAGGAAACGCUCUUGACGCGCACGACGGAGCUCGCGCACGCGAUGAGCGAGGCCGCGCGCGCGAAGCUGGCGGAGGAGGGCGCGUACGCGCUCGCGUCGAGUGCUCGAGGACGGGAAGAGGAAGGAAAGGUGCGCGAGCGCGAUCUGCAGCUCCAGCUGCGCGAGGCACAGGAGCAAGCGCGCAUGUCCGAUCUCGUCGUGAACGAGUACGCCAGCCUCGUCCGCACCAUGGAAGGCCGCGCCUCCAACCCCCUCUACCGCCCCUCCACCCCGCGCACACCCUCCACUCCCGGCUCGCCCGCCAGCAGCCCCAACGAUCCCUCGUCUUCCCAACUAUCCCUGCAAAGCUCCGGCUCGUCGCGGAGUCUGACUAGCAGCCUGCACGAGGGCAAGAUGGGCCUGAAGAAGCUGCUCUCCGAGUUCUCUGGCGAGAUCCAGCGGCUAGAGGCGGAGAUCGCCCGGCUACAUGGCGAGCUCGCCAUCUCGGAGACCAAGCUGCAAGCCGAGAAGCAGAACGCCGCAAACGAUCGCGAAGCCCUCGCACGCGCACGACACGACCUCGAGCGCCACCGGUUAGACGACGCGUCGGCAGCGAAGAUGGUCUCGCGAUACAUGAAAUUCUCCCAGUCCUCCACCGACACCCUCCAGCGCGCCCUCGCCGCGCUGAAGACCCGGCACCAAACCACCGUCGAUACGCUCUCCGCGCAGCUGGCCUCCGCCUCCCACCAGCGGCGCGCCGCCGAGACCACCGCGUCGCGCCUGCGGGACGCACUAGAUGAACUUGGGCGCGAUGCGAUGCGGGAGGCAUUCGGAAGGAGGCGGGAGGUAGCGCUGAGGAUGCAGAUUAUUGCGCAGCAGGAGGUAAUUCGCGGUCACCUGGUAAGACUGGUGCAGAAUGUGGGCGAGAGCAUGCGGAGGGGUGAGACUGGCGUGGAGGUGCUGUCGCGGUUGUUGGAGGAUGCGCAGGGGCUGGUAGAGCAGCUGGAUGGUAGAAAGCAAGACGUGCACGAGGGCGAGAUGUCUGCGGGCUCCGUCCAACGCAUCCUGGCCGCCCAGCACGCAGUCGACAGCCUAGUCGAGGAGCUGCAGGCAGAGACGACGCGCCGCAUCCAGCUCGAAACACUCCUACCGACCACGUCCUCCGCUCUGGGUCUACAGGGCGGCGACUCAGCGUCGCCGAGCUUAAUUACGCCUCUGUCUUUGGACAUGGCCCUGCCGGGUGAGGCGUCGACGCCGACAGGCAUCGCUUCAGCGAUAUUACCUUCAGUGGCGCUGGCGUCGGCGAUCCUGCCGCCUGUACCUGGGCUGCCAUCUACUUCUGUUGCUUCAGAUACACCUGCAGCUCCCGAAGCGGAACAGACUACACCUGGACCCUCACCAACCGAGGUGGCUCCGCCCGCGCCGCCACUAUCAGGGCCUGUCGACCACGACGGGGCUAGCUCCCGAGGCGUUGGGGCCGAUGCUAUCAUAGCGCCCGACUUGCAAGCGCCGAGGGACGCAUCACAAGCUUCUAAUGAAGUGUCACCAACCCACGAACAAGAGCACGAGAGGACACCACAGACGUCGCAGAUCUCGCUGCCUGCGUCUAGCGAGGAUGCUAAGGGUGCCCUACUCAAUGAUACCCAGAAGGGUAAGUUGGAGAAUACCCAGAAGGAUGAUACCCCGCCGAUACCCACCUUGAACAUGAUCGCGCCGACGCCCAUCGCUGUCGCGUUCCCGACUGGUCCCCUUUUCAGCGGCGGUGCCGAUGCUUUGCAGAACUCCGCGCCGUCUACGCCGACAGGUCAGCCUGAAAGGGCGAAUGCGCAGAUCCCCGGACCAGUUCCGCUUACUCCUCCAGAUGAAGCUAUUCCGUCGCUACCCAAGGAUUUGAUAGCACCUUCUACCGACAUCACCCUGCCUUUCGUCAACUCCGCCGGACCUCGGGUUUCCUCCCAAGCCCCCGUUGCCUUCCCUUCUGCCGAUGUCACCUCGUCUUCCGCCCAUGCUGCUUUGUCGUCCGCCGGUGUGGCCGCGUCUUCUCCGCACGCUGCCUCCUCAUCCGCCAACUCCGCCUCGCUGCCCUCCGCUGAGGUCGAGGAUCUUUUUUCCCGUCUCUCGCGGGUUACGCACCGAUACGACAGGAUGCAGGCGGAGUUCCGCGAUUGCCAUGCUGCGCUGCAGGGCCUCAAGCAGGACGUGGCUUCCUUCACGUCGUCGUCCGGUCCUUCGUCGCUACCCUACAACCCGUCGUCCCUUGCUGCGGCCAUCCAGCGCAUCGAUGACUACGCGGAGGAUGCCCGCGUUGAACUGGAGAUCCGGGCAGCGGACGAUGCUCUCGCGGUCCGCGGACUCAGUGCUCUUUUGACCCUCCCUGGUGCUCUCGCACCCACCGCCGGCAUCCCAGGCGACCAGCGGCCCACCCUCGCCGACACGGCAGCGCAGAUCACCGCCUUUACUUCGGACGACGGGCCCAGCGCCUCUACCACGACCCUCGCGCGCAAGCUCGCGGACGUGCAGCACGACAUCAGCGCGGUGCAGGGCGCGGUGGGCGCUCUGCAUGGCGUGCAGCGCCCAACUGCAUCGCCCACCUUCGGGCACGUCAUGACGACGCCCAGUCUGCGGCGCACGCCGUCGCUCAAGCAGCUUGGUGGGCUUGGGAACUUGGGCCUGCGCGUGCCGAUGCCGGCCUUUGUUAUGCAGGAUACGCGGGCGGCGGAGGAGCAUGGGCAGGCGGCGCCGCGGGCGCGUACAUUGUCGGCGAUGUACAUGCUCGGCGUGGGGCUGAGGGGGAGGGGUGUGGGGGGAUCGCCGCUGCCCGGAACGCCGUCGCCGAGGAGGGUGUCGACGACGCCGAGGCCGCCUAUGCCGCCUCCCGAGUCAGACUCGGAGUUGGAAAGCGAGGCCGAGACGUUGAUACAUUUGAUCUACAUCCAUGGCUUCAAUGGUGACGAGACGACCUUUCAAUCUUUCCCAACGGAUCUCCAGCAACACUUGAGCCGUGUAAUACCCCCCAACUCGAGAUACACGGUGCAAAGCAGCUUAUACCCGACGUACAAGAGCGUGAAGCCCAUCUCGACCUGCACGAAGAACUUCUUGGAAUGGCUCAACACGCAACCUCCUGGAUAUGUUAUCCUAAUGGCACACUCGAUGGGCGGUCUGCUCGCAGCUGAGGCGGCGACGCACGCGUCGAAUAACCCCCAAUCGUACCCCGGGGCGCGCCCGUCCCGUAUCAUUGGCAUGAUCGCGUUCGAUGUGCCCUUCCUCGGAAUGCACCCGCAUGUCGUUAUCACCGGUCUCGCCUCAUUGUUCGCGAAGGACGACGACAAGAAGACGGAGACUCAGCUCAAUGACCAGCAUCCGGAUGUACAUAUGGUCGACGGACGCGUCACGGACGACUGGGAGUCGUACAAACGCAAUAUGGCUGAACGCUAUUCCGCCUCCUCCCUCAACCUUCCCUCCCCAUCUCGCUCGCCUUCACCACCGAGUCCCAACCUCCUCGGCCCCACCCGCGCCGAAAUGUCCCCCUUCCCCCCAUCCUACGAAAGCUCCAUCCGCUCCUCCUCCACCUCCUCCCUCCACUCCUCCUCCACCUCCUUCGCCGAGCGCGCCGGCGGCCUCCUCGCCCAAGCCGACGGCUUCAUCGCCUCAAAGGCCGAUGAACCCCUCGUCCGCUGGGCGCGCAAGCACCGCGCCGACCCCUUCGGCGCAGGCAAGACGUGGCUCAUCGACCACUUCCAGUUCGGCGCGUGCAUGUUCGACCCGCCGGGGUUGACGAAGCGGUACAGGCAGCUUGUGGCGUGGAACGGGCAGUGGGUGAAUUACUGGACGGAGACGGUGCCGAAGGCGUCGAGGGGGUCUUCACCAGGAUCGGGUUCGGAGCGGCCGUCGUUGUCGCCCUCGGCAUCGAGUAAUUCUGCUUCAUUGCAUUCCAACCCCGCGCUAGAUCGGCGACAAGAUGUCGUCGACAACGACCUCGCGUUGCUUGGUAAAGGCACCGCGGAACUAUCCCUCGAUACCCUCUCCAAAGCCGGCUACUCUGCUGCCUCGACCAUAUCCUCGAACGACAGCCCCUUCGUCACUCCCUGCGGCUCGCCGAACAUGUCCAGAACUCCGUCACCCAUACCUUUGACCGAACGGCCUCCACCAUUACCUCCAAGACGCUCAUCACCCAUACCCCCGCUCUUGCCACCUAGACACUCGUCCUCUAAAUCAACAUCGUCCAUACCACCCUUACCAUCUAGGCGGUCAGCAUCACCGACGCCGCCCUUGCCGCCCCGGCGACCAGCGCCUGCGGCCGAGUCCAGUAGUAACGACGAUCCACCACUGGCCGCAUAUCCACCCCUCGAUGAUGACGAGAAAGACAGCGUGGACGAAGAAAGCUUCGAAGUCAUCCCACCGAGUGAGGCGUCAGAGAGCGUGGAGAACGGAGUGGAGCCUGGAGAAAACGAUACGAAGCUUGGAACCUCUCAACCGCCAGAUCCACCCCUAGCAGACACUUCGUUGGACCCCGCCGACGCCAAAGCGCGCAAAAAGGAAGAGAAAGCACGACAGAAGGCGGAGAAGGAGGUUGCGAAAGCCGCCGAGAAAGAGGGGAAGGCGCGCGCGAAGGAGGAGCAGGCGAGAGAGAAGGAGCGCGUCAGGCAGGAGAAAGCUCGCGCAAAAGAGGAUCAGGAACAGGAAAAGGAACGCGCCAAACGCGAAAAGGAGCUCACCAAACAGCGUGAGGCAGAACAGAAGCAGCUCGCCAAGCAGCAGAAGGAGUUGGCAAAACGCGACAAACAAGGGAAAGAGAGCAAGCGCGACAAGUCCUACCACUUCGUCGUGCUGCCCACGGGCCUGGGGCAGAUCCUCGGCGGCGCGGAGCACUGGGAGAGCGUGCCGAUCGCGGGCGUGGACGAUGAGGUGGCGGCGCAUUGCGGGCUGUUCAUACGCGGGCAGAAUUUGGACUAUGAUGGGCUGGUGGAGAGGGUGGGGAGGAAGGUGUUGGAGAUUUGCGAUAAGGCGUGA